GGGUGCCUCGUUGUCAUGGCGGCCGUUCGGAAGCCGGUGCUGCUCGGGCUUCGAGAUACUGCAGUGCACGGCUGCCCCACGGGGCUGGGCGCCUGGACCGCGAGCAAGCUGGGCGGCGUUCCGGACGCCCUGCCCGCCGUGGCAGCGCCGAGGCCAGUGUGUGAACUUUGCAGGCAGCCGCUUGCCCUGGUCGUGCAGGUGUACUGCCCGCUGGAAGGCUCCCCGUUUCAUCGGCUCCUGCACGUGUUCGCUUGCCCCCGCCCGGGGUGCGCUAGCGGCAGGGCGCGCAGUUGGAAGGUGUUCCGCUCCCAGUGCCUGCAAAUACGAGAGAAAGAGACGCAGGACGCUCAGAAACAGGAAAAUGGCCUCACAGCUGAGGAUUGGUGUGAAGGUGCAGAUGACUGGGGAAGUGACAGUGAGGAGGCGCCUCCACCACAGGUUAUCUCAGAUUUUGGAAAUGAUUCCAGCAGUGCCAAAGACAGAGACUGGACUGCCCAGCUCCAAGACCUCCGCCUGCAGGAUGCUGUGCCGGGUGCUGCUCCUGCUGUGCCUCCUGGGGAAGGGGUGGCCUUGCCUUCCGUGGUGCCGCAGUUCCUGCCCUACUACAUCUGUGUGGUUGACGAGGAUGACUACAGGGACUUUGUCAGUCUAGAUCAUGCUCAGAGCCUUCUGAGGGAGUAUCAGCAGAGAGAGGGAACUGAUAUGGAACAGUUGCUUUCCCACAGUCUUUCUAGUGAUGGUGAUGAAAAAUAUGAGAAGACCAUAAUUAAAAGUGGAGAUAAGAUGUUUUACAAAUUCAUGAAGAGAAUUGCUGCUUGUCAGGAGCAGAUUUUGAGGUAUUCCUGGAGUGGAGAACCACUUUUCUUGACCUGCCCUACAUCAGAAGUCACUGAGCUCCCAGCCUGCAGUCACUGUGGAAUCCGAAGGAUAUUUGAGUUUCAGCUUAUGCCAGCGCUGGUCAGCAUGCUCAGAAGUGCUAAUUUAGGUCUUUCUGUGGAAUUCGGAACCAUUCUAAUUUACACAUGUGAGAAGAGUUGCUGGCCUCAAAAUCAUCAGACUCCCGUGGAAGAAUUUUGUAUUAUCCAAGAGGACCCAGAUGAAUUAUUAUUUAAGUAGUGCACUUCCUUUUGUGUUUUUUUGUUUGUCUGUUUUUAUUUAUUUUUGGCUACGUUAGGUUUUUGUUGCUGCACGUGGGCUUUCUCUAGUUGCGGAGAGUGGGGGCUACUAUUCAUUGCAGUGCGCGGGCUUCUCAUUGCGGUGGCUUCUCUUGUUGUGGAGCAUGGGCUCUAGAGCACAGGCUCAGUAGUUGUGGCCCAUGGGCUUAGUUGCUCUGCGGCAUGUGGGAUCUUCCUGGACCAGGGCGGAUUCUUACCCACUAUGCCACCUGGGAAGCCCUUUCCUUUUGUUUAUAUAAAUUAAAGCAAAUUUUAAUGUUUAAA